GCGCGCUAAGGAGGUGGCUGUUGCGAGAGCCGCUGAGGGCAGGGGCAGAGUAAUACCAAGCGGGGUGUUCGAAAAGCGCGGGAAGAGCUGCGGGGGCUGGAGCCAACCAAGUAUAGGCAAAACGCACAGAGUUUUGACGAAACACUUCACUUCAGAAUAUAGGUUUGCCAAAAUGAGUGAGCUACCCACUAAAAGAAGCAGGAUUUCUAUUUCUGAUACAAAGUGGGAAGCAAGUCCUUGUUUCACAGCAGCACAACUAUCGCCUGCAGUGCAAUCCAGGAAUGCUAUAAUUGCAUCUUUUAAAGUUGCAAAUGUGAUGGCUAAGAAAAGAAAAUCUUUUGAAGAUGGGACGAUGAAGAAGAUGAUAUUGGUUGUUGGGGAGUACCUUUUUGAAGGGUUGUCUAAUAAAAAUGAUAUAAUUGCAGCAAUAAAAAUGUUGGAUCUGUCUGGAGAAACACUUUCCAGAAGAAUUGAGGCCAUUUCAAGUGACUUGGAGCAUCAACUACAGACUGAUUUGCACAAAUGUCUUUGGUUUUCACUUCAGCUUGAUGACUCCACAUACAUGAUAGACACUUCCCAGUUAAUAGUCAUUGUAAGGAUGGUAUUUGGUGAUCUUUCUGUAAAAGAAGAGCUUCUCAAAAUACUACCUCUAAAAGGAACAGGAGGUGAAGAUUUAUUUCAGACUUUCAGAAAAUAUGCCAAGGAAAUAAACUUGCCUCUUCACAAAUUGUCAUCCAUCACCACUAAUGGAACACUUGCAAUGGUGGACUGUAUCAAUAGGUUCAUUGCCCACUACAAGAAAGAUGCAUCUCUCCCAAAGUUUGUUUCAUAUCACUGCAUUAUUCACCAGGAAGCAUUGUGUGCUGAAAUACUCCAGGUUAAACAUAUCAUGGAUAUUACUACAGAAAUAAUAAACGCCAUUCAGUCUGACUGCUUGCAGCACAAACUUUUAAAGGUACUCUUUGAGGAUUUGGAUGCUGAAUAUAACGGCGACCUCUUGUACACUGAAGAUGGGUAGCUGAGUGGAAAGGUGUUGGUCAGAUUUUUAAACCUGAUUGAAGAAAUAAAGGAGUUCUUAAAGUCUGAAGAUCGGUACAUUGAGCAACUUGAUGACAGGCUUUGGUUGAUUGAUUUGGCUUUCCUUUCUGAUUUGAUGCAAAAAUUAAACAGUUUGAACACUGAGUUUUGUAGAGAAAAAAGCCAUAUUUCUGGCAUGAUCUCUUCAAUCAAUUCCUUCAAGGGUAAACUUAAGUUGUGGAAGUCACACUUCCAUAGGAAAUCAUUACUCUGUUUCCCUUCAAUGAAGCAAGUUGUUGGUGAUGGUGAUUUCAACAGCAAACCAUUUGUUGACCAACUUGAAACACUUGAGGAUCACUUCCAGGCUCGAUUUCAACAACUAGCUGUUAUUGAACCACUUGUGGCAUUUUUGGAAACCCCAUUCCAGUCUGUUGAUGUCCCAGAUAUAGCAGCAGUCAUUGAGGAACUGUGUCAGGCUGGUGUAGAAGAAAUAGAGCGAGAGAUUGUGGACCUUCAAAGUGAUGUGGUUUUAAAAUCUAAUUCAAGACAUUGCAAUUUUUGGAAUCUGGUUGAUCCUCAAAAGUUUCCCUUGUUGAGGAAGGCUGCUGCAAAGAUAAAAUCUUACUUUGGAUCAACUUACCUAAGCAAUUACUCUUCCUGGCAAAGAAAUGUAUUGAAUCAGAAAACACAGCACAGUUGACUAAAGAGCAGCUGCAUGACUGUUUGAGAGCUGCAUUGUCUUCAUACAUCCCCAAUUAUAACAAGCUUGCAGCUGACGUGGAGUGCCCAGCAUCACACUAGUCUAGCUUAGAAUAGUGUGUUUCAGCACUGACCAGGAAUAUGUAUCUACAGUAUCAGCUGCAACAUGCUAGCAGAAGCCUAUAUCAAGAAGGAGAGGGAAAGUAAUGUGUAAAUGUUACCUAUUGGAUUGUGAUAUUUGCACCUUGAAAGUAAAUAGGGUAAACUUGUGAACAUGCCUUGCUUCAUUGCAACCGCUCACCACCAGACCACGAACAGACUCUUGUUGAUGGUAUAUAGUUUCCAAUCUAUUGUUCCAGUAAGCUUUGCACACAGGGGUUUUAAAGUUAAAACAUUGAUGCAGAUUGGGAUUGAAAAUUAACACCUGCCACUGAAGUAUCAGUAGUUUAACAUGAUGUGGCUUAUUCUGCUCAACUUCUGUGUCAGAGGUAAUUUCAUGUAUAGGUAUAGAGAAACAUCUGUACACAGCAUCUGUGUAUGUUCACUUUAAAAAUAAAUCAAUUUCAAAACACCAUGGUUGCUAGAUGCGUCUUUCUCACCCAUAAACAGUGUGAUACACACAAGAAAGCUGCUGCCAUAAAAGUUACUAGGAGAAAAGCAAAAUCAAACCAGUGUUUGUGGGCAAUCCAAAAUUCUCCCCUGCAAUUAAGAUGUUCUGCCGUUUGCAGGAAAUUAAAAAUGGGAGUAUCUCACAAUUGUAAAAUCAAGUGGACAGCAACAAUGAGCAAGCAGGAAUGUUUAAUCAUCCAGUUUGCGUGUUUCCUUGGAGUGGAAGGAUGGAGAAAUGAAACCUGUACUCUUUUGAUAUCCAGAGUUGGUGCUAUUGUAAUGCCUCUCUCCUUGCCAUUCUUUUAAUCUGUUUCUAGGCCCUGUACACUAGGAAGCAACAUCUGGAGGGCCCCUCCUUGCUCCUAAGCAUUGGUUGUUUAAGGAUAUUUCAUUACAUCAUAGCACCUUAAGUCAAAGGUGGUGGCAACUCAUUUCAAAAUGCUAUAGCUACACCUUUUACAGCUGAACACUUCUCUGUUCUAAACUCUUAAUUUGAUGCCUCAUUCAUAGCUCUAUGAACUUCCCCAACUCCGUUCUCAUUGUGAGAUUUGUAGUUGUUGGGAGGGUACCAGGUUAGGGAAGCCUGCUCUAGAAUCCCAAUAAAAGAUCCUAAAAACAUCGGCAACAAUAGCAUGAAUCUUAAGGACCUAAUUUUAGGACAUUAAAAAUUGGAAGGCUGCAUACCAGACGAGUCUCGCUUUUGUGUAACUAAGCAGGAUGUAGAAUUCACUGUAUAAAGUUCAGUUCUGAUAAAAUAAUCAACAUUGCUAGGCAAGUAUAGGCAUAUGAAUUACAGCCCUUGCUCUUAAAUUCAGAAAACAUUUACUAUUGCACAUUUGGCAAGUACAUUGCUUUUGUAUCUUUGCUGAUACUUCCAUUUUUUGAAUCAAGUCACCCAGCGCGUUGUCCAUGGUUAACAAUCGGCUAUAACUAGUUUUUGGAACAGGAGUAAUUAUUAUCUAAAGCCUUUACUUUCAUAGAUCUUCCAGUAAGCCAACAGCUGUUUUGUUCAAUCCUCUGAUCUUACUGGUGUUAUCCUUCAGAGCAAUUGUCCUCGUCCUCAAGAAAUAUUUCAUAGUUUAAAUCUUUGCUUUAAUUCAGGUCAAAAAUCCCAUCUGUGCAGUUUUAAGUGUAGUUGGACUUCUGUACCAUUUGAAAAUGCCAAGGAACAGCACCCUCUCACAGUCCUUUACUAGAAGAAUCAGGUCUCUGUCUUAAGCCGUGAAGCUUGUACAAUUUUUAUUGUCUUUGCACUGUGCUUUCCAUCCAGGUUGUUGAUGGGUGCCUGUGCCUUUUCUUCUGUUAGGCUGUCCUUAGAUCCAUUUCGCCUCUGAAGAGAAAGAAAAUGCAUUACUAAAAAUGUAAUGCACAACCAAUGAGAAUUAAGUCACAUUCUGUGUUCUGGUUA